CCUCUCCAGUCUCUACUGCUCUCCCCAAUUUCUUCUGGAAACCCUCCGCGGCACGGGCGAAAUGGGGCGGCGGCGGCGAUUCGCGCAGCUCGCCACCACCAGCGACGACGACGACGACGACGCCCCCGCCGCCGACGCGCCGCCCAAGGCGAAGCCCCCGCCGCCGCCCUCCUCCUCCUCAGGCCCCAAGAAGCCGAAGCAGCGCCGCCUUUCCUCCGCGGCGGCCGACGACGACGACGACGUCGAGGAGGACGACCUGGAGCUCGAGGAGGAGGAGGAGGACGAGAAGGAUCUGGAGGAGAUGCGGAGGAACGAGGAGGAGGAGCGGCGGGAGGAGACGCAGACCCGCCGCCGCCGCCGCCGCCGGGGCCGCAAGCCCAAGCGCCCCGCCGAGGAGAGCGAGGAGGACGAGGAGGAGGAGGAGGAGGAGGCCAAGGCGGAGGAGGCCCGCGAGGAGGAGAACACCGAGGCGGUCCCCAUCGGGGAGCCCGUCAAGAUCACCGGCAGGGGGAAGAAGCAGCGCAAGCAUUACACCUCCUUCGAGUACGAGGGCAACACCUUCGAGCUCGAGGACCCGGUGCUGCUCACGCCUGAGGAUAGCAAGGAGAAACCUUAUGUCGCCAUCCUCAAGGAUAUAACAGAAACUGAGGGAAGCUUAUCAGUAACUGGUCAGUGGUUUUAUAGACCAGAAGAGGCUGACAAAAAGGGUGGGGGAAGCUGGAAAGCAAGUGACACGAGGGAGUUAUUUUAUAGUUUCCAUAUUGAUGAUGUGCCAGCAGAGUCAGUUAUGCACAAGUGUGUAGUCCAUUUCAUUCCUCAACAUAAGAAAAUUCCCAGCCGGAAGGAACACCCUGGAUUCAUUGUCCAAAAGGUCUAUGACACAGUUGCGAAGAAACUUUGGAACCUAACAGACAAAGAUUAUGAGGAUAACAAGCAACAUGAGAUUGAUCUUCUCGUUAAGAAAACAAUAGACCGUAUUGGACAGCUUUCUGAUAUUGAACCUGCAGAUGCUCCUGGUGACAACAAUGAUCAGCUCUCAAACAAGCGAGGACUGCGGAAGAGACCUGUGCUUCCUAUAGAUGUUUCAAGAGAUGAUGCUUUAGCAGGCAAAUCAGAGCAAUUUGGAAAAGCAGAGACACCUGGAAGUGAUAAGCUAAAGAAUUAUGCCACCCUUGUCAAGUAUAAAGCUGUUACUGGUGAUCAAUAUCGUGAUAGGUGGCUUGAUAAAUUAGUGGAUACUAUUCCACUAACAUCAAAGGAAAGUGCUGGGGCUUCUCAUGCUGAUCCUGGUGGUGCUACCAAAAGUUCAACUAAUGGUUCAUCUGCAAAGGAAGUAAGUUCUGGUGACAAUGAAAAAUCUUAUUCACCUGAUGUGAUUGUUUCAAUAAUGGCCUCCUUAGAAAGAUCUACUUAUGAAGCUCUUGGUUCUGACUUCCAGAAGUAUAACCAGAAAUUGAGACAGUUACUGUUCAACAUCAAGAAUAGCCCUGUACUACGGAACCGGCUGAUGAACAAGGAGCUUGAUCCUCCAGUCCUGUUAACAAUGUCUCCUGACGAACUAAAGGUUGGCUUGACAGCAGCAGAGAGAACAUCUGAACCUGAAGAAUCAAGGAAGUUGCAGAUGACUGAUGCACGAUGUGUAAGAUGUGCAGAAAAGGAAGUAGGUGUAUCUGAUAUUAUUCAUGCUGGUCAUGGAGAUCGCUAUCAGCUCGAAUGUAACGCCUGUGGACACUCGUGGUUCUCGUCCAGAGAUGCCAUCACAACCCUGACAGUGGAUACUCCAACAAGUGCUGGUGGGAGCGUGGGCACGGCACCAUGGGCAACAGCCAAGUUCGAUGUCAUGGAGAAGCAGCUCACGAGCCCACGGGAUCAUCAGCCGGACAAGCCGUUGGCCGAUGCUCUCCACAAGAGCGCGGCACCGUACAUGCCCACGCUGGAGAAGCAGAAAUCGUUCGGCAAGCACAAGCCAGACGAGCCCUCGUCGGCGCCAGCAGCUGGCCACGAGUAGAUCAGACGGUCCACACGCACUACACCUCUCGUCAGAACUAGUAGCUAGCUAGACACGAUUAGAAGAGCACGCGCACCCACGGUUCGCAUCGUCAUUAGGGAGUUUCAGAGAUUACGUGUACAGAUGUAAUUGUGUUUUGUAUGUCGUGUACUACCAUCUGAGGGAGGCUGAGCAGAUCAGACAAACUCUAGGUUGGCAUCCUCCUGUCGCCUCUAAUCGUGUGUUUUAACUUGCAUCACUGUCAAUGCAUUUCAGUGCUGUGGACGCAGCCGGUACUCCUGUACAUCGUGAGGGUGUCAAUGGAUCGUUUUUGGCUACUGCUCAUGUUUUGUGUGUGUA